AUGGGCAAUUGCAUCAGCGGUUGCUGCGGCGACAAAAAGCCUGAGGAGACGCCUGAGGAGACGCCUGUGAAAGACGAAGCUUCCACUCAAAAGGCCGAAACCGCCGACGCGCCUCAGCCGCCGCCACACACGCCGUCCUCUGUCAAGGACCACCGCCCAUACCAAUCCGCGCCUCACCUCAAGCCGCGGAGCGUCCAUCCUUCCGAAGUCGUUCCCGUCGACCCUUCCCCCCCGCCUACUCAACCCUCCGCGGAAGAACUACCGUGCGCCCCAACCGCCUCCUCCGGAGAGCGCUCGUCCGGAGAGCGCGACCGUUCCGAGGAGCAGGGCGUCGCCGCCGUUCCCCCCCGCAGCGCGGAAGACUCAUCGAGCGCCGCCGCAGCCUACUACGACAAAUCGCGAUCCAGAGAUUAUUACAACUCUAAUUACGUCCCCCAAGCAGUCCAAGACUCAUUUGAUUAUGCCGCCGCAGCCGCAGCUGCAACCGCCGCAUCGCCACGACCUUCCGCUGCGAAGGUCGUGGCGGACAUUUCCGCCGCCAUUUCGUCCGCCGACACAGAGCCUUCUUCCAACUCGGCGCAACUCAAUUCCAUCACGUGUACACAUGGGAGCCUCAGCGACUCCGCGGACGCCUCCGCCUCCGCCUCCGCCUCCGCGCGGAUGUCCGCCGACCUCCCUCCGCUCCGCGAGUUCAGCUACGCGGAGCUGCGCGCGGCGACGGGGGGUUUUGCGCCUGCGCACGAGAUAGGGAAGGGGGGGUUCGGAACGGUGUACCGCGGGCGGAUGAUGCUGCCUGCGGGGGACGGCGGAGAGAUGGUUGAGCGCGAGGUGGCGGUAAAAGAGACCAACGGAAAGCAGUUCACCGAGCGAGACAUGAAGAGCUUCAAGGCUGAGGUGGCAGCCAUGUCAGCACUAAAUCAUCCAAACAUUCUGAGGCUGGAAGGCGUGGCGUUCAGUGCGGAGCAGAGGCCAGUGCUCGUGUACGAGCUCAUCCCAGGAGGCGACGUUUUUAAUCUCCUGCGACGAGUCCGCAGGAACGAAGCACGGUUUCCGUGGAAGGAUCGUGUGAAGGUUGCACUGGGGUGUGCUGAGGCGCUGGCUAUCAUUCAUGAAAACAAGUUUAUUCACCGCGAUUUCAAGUCAAUGAAUGUGCUUCUGCGACUGGAUCGUACACCCGUGGUGGCUGACUUUGGUUUAGCUCACACAAUUGAGGAUUGGCAAACACACGUCUCGAUGACCGUGGCUGGCUCGUGGGGCUACGUCGACCCACACUAUCUUGAGACGGGCCAUCUGUGCCAAAACGCUGACACGUACGCGUUUGGCGUGUUUCUUUUGGAGCUUGUUUCUGGCUAUCAGCCCGUCGAAGAAGAGUAUAAAGAGAAGAAAAAAGAGGUCAGCCCAAAGGAUUUCAACAAGCCUUCCUUGGUUGCCGACCCAACCAUGGAGGGGGAGUGGGAAAAGAAGCAUGUUCUUCAAAUCCUUGCUAUGGUUCGCUGUGCCACACUCACCAAGCCGCAUGAUCGGCCUGCAAUGGGGCAAUUAGUGGCAGUACUUCAGCACAAUUCCGCCCAACCUCCCCCAACCUUUGGCACGCACCAGUUCCCCGCGGCUACCAUUCCGCCCUAUACGCCGUCCCCCGUGUCGCCCUACCGCGCAUGCCAUUCCGCGCCUAUUCGCGGAGCAACCCCCCACCAUUUUUCCGCCAUCGUUCCCGUCAGCCCUUCCCCCCCGCCUGCUCAGUUCCCCAGAAACACAUCCACUCCACCCCCCCCCUCCUCCUUUCCCCCCUCCCCUUCCGCCAACCGCAAUAAUGGCUCCUCCGCUUCCCCUUCCGCCAGCCCCAGUCUCCGCGCAAAUGCCUUCUACGACUCCGCAUAUCAUGCUUCCGCUUCCGCCAGUACUUCAUCAGCGGAACCCCUUCCCCCCGCCAUGAUUUCCACCGGGUCUUCCGCCAGCCAGUCCGCGGGCAGCUCCGCGGGGUCUUCCCGCGGGGGAAACUCCUCCGCUUCCCCCUCCGCCGUCCCUGUGCUCCGCGAGUUCAGCUUCGCGGAUCUGCACGCGGCGACGGGGGGAUUUGCGCGCGCCAUAGGGGAGGGGGGGUUCGGAAAGGUGUACCACGGGCGGAUGGUGCUGCCUGCGGGUGGCAGCAGCAGCAUUGGCGGAAGCAGCAGAGUUGCUAUGGGUGCAGCAUGCGGGGAGAUGAUGGAGUGUGACGUGGCAGUGAAAGUGAUGAAUGGGAAGAAUGUUACUCGUGACUUCAUGAGCUUCAAGGCUGAGGUGGCAGCCAUGUCAGCAGUGAAUCAUCCCAACAUUCUGAGGCUGGAAGGCGUCGCACUAGACACAUCCCAAGGACCGAUGCUCGUGUAUGAGCUCAUCCCGGGAGGCGAUGUCAAGAACUUGCUCAAACAAGUCCACAAUAGUGGUAUUCACUUCCCAUGGAGGCAUCGCAUGAAGGUGGCACUGGGGUGUGCCGAGGCCUUAGCAACAAUUCACGAGCACCAGUUCGUUCAUCGCGAUUUCAAGUCUUCAAAUGUGCUUCUGAGAGAGGAUUUCACUCCAGUGGUGGCCGACUUUGGUCUGGCUCGCACAAUUGAAGACUGGAAAACACAUGUGUCAACGAAAGUGGUCGGUUCAAUGGGAUACAUCGACCCGAUUUAUCUCCAGACGGGCCAGCUAAGCCAGAAAUCUGACACAUUUGCAUUUGGCGUGUUUCUAUUGGAGCUCAUUUCAAGCUGCAAUCCCCUCAACGCUAAGUAUCAAUACCUGAGGCAGUUGAUUGGAUGA